AUGUGUUCUUUCUCUAUUUCAUCUUCUGGGAAGCGUUGUGUCUUGGAGAAUUACGAGUCCAACAAUGGUGGAAUUGAUUUCCAGUGUAAGACAUCUGAGAUUGUUGUGAAAGGGAUGUGGGAAUUAAUUGAGAGCGAUGAUUGCAUCAAUGCAUGUGGGGUUGAUAGAAAAACGAUUGGAAUAUCUUCAGAUUCCCUCCUUGACCUUAAGUUGACUACCAAGAUUUGCUCCACCGAAUGUCACCAAAAUUGCCCCAACAUUGUUGAUCUUUACUAUAACUUGGCAUUAGGUGAAGGAGUUUAUUUGCCGGAAUUAUGCAACGUACAAAGGACAAUGGCACGACGUGUGAUGAUGUCACAAGUUUUAAGCUCUGGAGAAGCUUCAUCUCCAUCCACGUACUCAGCUGCCAAUGGUCCAAUCUCCAGUGAAUCAUCAGGUGUUGAUCAUGCUGAAGCUCCCAUGUAA